GCCCUGUGGGCUGCUCUGCUUGCCCAGGAGUCCACGGCUCAGGUCUGUUGCUUAAAGGCAGCCUCUACAUUAUAUAAAGUACUAUGAUAGUAUAAUAGUACUUUCCUCAUAGGAUUAUUGUGAGAGUGAAAUAAAGCAUGCGAAGGGAUGCCCAGGUGGCUCAGUCAGGUGACUACCUUGCGUAGAAUAUGGCAAGGAUUCUCCAGCCCAUUGCUGGCAGGGGCUUUAUGGUGGCCGAGUGCACACCGUCAACCAGUUAAACUUGAACGCUCCAUGGGGCAAUGUCCUGCAACAUUCCUGGAGACCACCUCUGACACCAAGAUGGACAGGCGCCCGCACAGUCGGGUCUCCGCGGGCCCCGCCGCCCCGCCGCCGCAGCAGGUGCGCUCUUGAACUGGACACAGCCCUGCACCCACCUGUGUCGCUGCCGGCGACAUCCAACCUCGGCCAAGGGGACCAGGAUGGCGGCCAGCAGGUAGGCCGGCCAGGGCGAAAGGCUGUUCACUGCCCUGGGCUACCCAGACCUGCGCGAUGUCACCGCCCGUCCGCGCGCCGCUGGUCCCGGCUGGACCACCACCUCCUCGGGGAGAGGCAGGACCAGCCUGGACCCAGGGGGGAGGGGGGGAAUCCGUUUUCUCCGCGCAGGAAUUAUUUGUGGCUGCUCCGAGAGGCCUUGGUGGGGUACCCUUGGGUGGGGCUGAACACAGACUUGCCAGGCCGGAGAUCGCUCCAAUGGCCCGAAGGAGACGGGGAUCCAAAUUGGAUUUGCAAAUCCAAGAGCCUCUUUAUAAAAAUGUUGUGGAAAAACUGGGACCCCAAAGUAGAGAACCCACAACCCCGGCUUUCCUUCAUCAUGUGACCCUCCUGAGUUUUCUUUGGAAUAAAGUUUCCAUGAAUGAGGCCAGAGGUGGGGGCGAUUCUUUGAAGUGUCAGGAAAAUAGUGUUAUCUCGCAUCCACCAACAUGCAAAGAAGGGGGAUAUGUUAAUGGGAUACUCAUCCACCUUCGGCAGCCCAUCCUGACCCCAGCAAAAUAAGUACCUAUCAACACAGAGCUCCUUUGAAAAACUUAGAGGAAAUGGAAAAGUAGACAAAAACGCAUCAAUUAACAGAAGUAACUCGAGAAAAAAACAGGACACCCCAAAAAUCAGAGAAUGGAAUUGGAAAUUUUUAAAAACCUGCCCUCUUCUCCACCAGAGCGGGCUUGGAUGAUUUCACAGGGAAAUUUUCUCAAACUUUAAAAGAACAGAGAAGCCCCUCUCCCUUUUUAUGUUUUAUUUUUUUUUCCCUCUCCCUUUUUAAACACUGUUUCAGAGACAGAAAAGCAGGAAAACUCCCCAACUCAUUUAUUGAUGUAAUGUUUAUGCCCAAACAAGGACCAUAUUCAAAAGUUUUAGAUUGAUACUAAUAUUACUCAGAAGUAUUAUCAAUAGAUGCAAAAACUCCUAAACAAAAUGUGAUCAAAUC